CUCAACUACAAACCACAUUUUCUUCAUCUUCUUCUUCUUUCUACACCUGCGAUGGAUACCAUGAUCGGAUCAAUGGACGCGUGCAGAGUUUCCCCUUGCAACGAUCUAGGCUCAAUACCCAACAACGGAAACGUCUCCACAAUCCAUAACUCAACUCCCACCACCCUCUUUAACCAAGCCGAAGCCACCCUAGGCCGCCACUUAGCUCGCCGUCUAGUUCAGAUCGGCGUCAAUGACGUCUUCUCAGUUCCCGGAGACUUCAACUUGACUCUCCUCGACCACUUAAUCGCCGAGCCUGGCCUCAAUCUUGUCGGCUGCUGUAACGAGCUCAACGCUGGCUACGCCGCCGACGGUUACGCUCGUUCCCGCGGAGUCGGUGCUUGCGUCGUCACUUUCACAGUGGGUGGUCUCAGCGUCAUCAACGCCAUUGCUGGAGCUUAUAGUGAGAAUCUUCCUGUUAUUUGUAUAGUGGGUGGCCCUAAUUCAAAUGAUUAUGGCACAAACAGAGUUUUGCAUCACACCAUAGGGAUAGCCGAUUUUACUCAAGAGCUUCGUUGCUUUCAAACUGUCACUUGUAACCAGGCUGUGGUGAAUAACUUAGAGGAUGCUCAUGAAUUAAUCGAUACAGCUAUAUCAACUGCUUUGAAAGAAAGCAAGCCUGUUUAUAUAAGCAUUAGCUGUAAUCUUCCAGCAAUACCACAUCCAACAUUUAGCCGCGAACCGGUUCCAUUUAGUUUAGCUCCUCGAUUGAGCAACCACAUGGGUCUGGAGGCUGCAGUUGAAGCUGCAGCAGAGUUCUUGAACAAAUCAGUGAAGCCAGUUUUGGUGGGUGGUCCGAAACUUAGAGUUGCCAAGGCUAGCCAGUCUUUUUUGGAAUUGGCUAACGCAUCUGGCUAUGCAGUUUCUAUAAUGCCGUCUGCCAAAGGGCUAGUCCCUGAGAACCAUCCACACUUCAUUGGAACUUACUGGGGUGCAGUUAGCACAUCAUUCUGUGCAGAAAUUGUUGAAUCUGCUGAUGCAUAUCUUUUUGCUGGUCCUAUUUUCAACGAUUACAGCUCUGUUGGGUACUCUCUCCUUGUGAAGAAAGAAAAGGCUAUCAUAGUUCAUCCUGAUCGUGUUGUGAUAUCGAAUGGCCCUUCAUUUGGAUGCAUACUUAUGAAAGAUUUCCUAGAAGCUCUGGCGAAACGUCUGAAACACAACCGCACAGCAUAUGAUAACUACCACAGGAUUUAUGUUCCAGAAGGACAUCCACUUAAAUGUGAGGCUAACGAGCCCUUGAGGGUUAACGUCCUGUUCCAGCAUAUUCAGAAAAUGUUGUCUGGUGACACUGCUGUGAUUGCUGAAACUGGUGAUUCUUGGUUUAACUGCCAGAAGCUAAAGUUGCCUGAAGGAUGCGGAUAUGAAUUCCAGAUGCAAUACGGGUCGAUUGGGUGGUCAGUUGGUGCAACUCUUGGAUAUGCUCAAGCUGCUAGAGAUAAACGUGUGAUUGCCUGCAUAGGUGAUGGAAGCUUUCAGGUGACUGCACAAGAUAUCUCAACAAUGUUGAGAUGUGAACAGAAAACAAUAAUAUUUUUGAUAAACAAUGGUGGGUACACAAUUGAAGUAGAGAUCCAUGAUGGACCAUAUAAUGUGAUAAAGAAUUGGAACUACUGUGGUCUGGUUGAUGCGAUCCAUAACGGUGAAGGGAAAUGCUGGACAACGAAGGUGCGAUAUGAGGAGGAGUUAAUAGAAGCAAUUGAGAAAGCCACGGGAGAAAAUAAGGAUUGCUUGUGCUUCAUAGAGGUAAUAGUUCAUAAAGAUGACACCAGUAAAGAACUGCUUGAAUGGGGAUCAAGGGUUUCUGCAGCCAACAGCCGACCACCAAAUCCUCAGUAAGAUUAAUGGUAAUUCUCUUCUGUACGUAGCUGAUUCCAAGAUUGUGAUAGUAUUGUAUGUAUGUAUUAGUCUAUUCUGGGACCAUUUUGUAUUGGUUUGGCUUUUGUUUUGGCUUUGUUUGGUAGGUUUGACUGAAUGCUUUUGUUUGUAUAAAUGAAUUUCAAGAAAACUG